CGGGAGCGGGAGCGAGGCGGCUGCCGCAGCCGCCGCCCCCGCCGCGGCCAGCCAUGGAUUUCCGCAAUAUUCUCGUGAUGGCCUCGGAGCAGCAGGGGCUGAACUCGGUGCCGAAAAGGUACAGUUUGGCUGUUGGUCCUCCCAAAAAGGUUCCAAAAGUCAAGGGUGUAGCAUCUGCAGCAGUGCAAGCAUUUCUGAGACGGCAGGAAGAAGAAAAAAGAAAAAAAGCACUGGAAGAAAAAAGAAAGAAAGAACAACUCUUGGCUAGACGUAUUGAAUUGAAACAUGACAGAAAGGCAAGAGCUAUGGCCUCACGAACAAAGGAUAAUUUUUAUGGCUAUAAUGGCAUUCCUGUUGAAGAGAAGACUAAAAAGAAGAGGACUUGUGAGAAUGUCGCUCAGGCCCCAGAGGCUGAGUAUGCAACAGAAGAUGAAACUGAGCAACUGGAAUACAGUCAGACUGAAUCUGAGCAUGAGCAAGAAGAAUAUGAAGAGAAACCAUCCAAAGCUGCAGUGAAACCAAAGGCACCUCCCAAAAGUGCACCACCACCUCUGAACUUUGCAGAGCUCUUAAGGCUUGCUGAAAAAAAACAAUACGAACCAGUGGAAAUAAAAGUAGUGAAAAAGGUAGAAGAGAGACCCAGAACAGCGGAGGAAUUGAGAGAGAGGGAGUAUUUGGAACGCAAAAACAAAAGAGUGGAAACGCAUAAGAAAAGUGAGAAGGAGAUUAAGAAUAAAGGAAUACCCAGCUCUUCAAAAAAAGUGACUUCUCAGAAAGAAUCUGUAAAUGCAAAACUUAACAAAAGCUCAGUAGAAAAACAUUCCACACCAAAAGGCAGUCUGUCUUCUUCUAUGAGUGGUACUGAUAAGAAAUCCAAAGCACCAGCACUGACUGAAAAACACUCACGGUCAUCAUCUUCCUCCAGAUUUGAUCAAAUGGAAAAAACUUCACAAAAUGGCUCCUUAAAAAGUUCUACUGGUAGCAGUCAUAGUAAAUUAUCCAACAAUGGUACUGGAAAGUCUGGCACAAGCUCUCAUGUGCCACCCUCAAAACCAGCGGCCAAUGGGGCUCAGAGGCUACCAUCUGCUAAAGAAUCCAGCCUGAAAAAGCCUGCCCAUACAAAAUCAGGGAAUGCUGCAGCCCUUCAGCAUGGAAUCAACUCCAAUGCAAAACGAUCAGGCAGCAGCUUGGGAAAAGGAGGACCUGGACAUCCAGGUGGUGGCUCAAGUGCAGGACCCGGGCGAUCCAGUAGCAAUUCUGGUGUGGGGCCUGGAAGGCCAGGAAGUGGUUUAAACCCAGGGCCUGGGCGACUGGGCAGCAGCUCAGCCGCAGGACCUGGAAGGCCAGUCAGCAGCUCAAGCACGGGAGCUGGGCGACUGGGUGGUGGCUCAGGCAUGGGACCUGGAAGGCCAGCUGGCAACUCAAGUACAGGACCUGGGCGGCUGGGUGGUGGCUCAGGCACGGGACCUGGAAGGCCAGCUGGCAGCUCAAGCACAGGACCUGGGCGACAAGGCAGCAGCACAGGUACAGGACCAGGAAGGCCAGGAACUGGUCCAAGCCCAGGACCCAAGCAACCAGGCAGCAGCUUGGGAACAGGACCAGGAAGGCCAGGCAUCGGCCUAAAUGCUGUCCCUGGGCGACCAGGCAGCACCUUGGGAGUAGGACCAGGAAGGCCAGGAACUGGUCCAAGCCCAGGAGCCAAGCGACCAGGCAGCAACUUGGGAACAGGACCAGGAAGGCCAGGCAUUGGCCCAAGCGCUGGCCCUGGGAGACCAGGCAGCGGCAUGAGUGCAACUGCAAAGCCCAAGUGUACUGUUGUUUCAGAAACUAUUUCUUCUAAAAACCUAGUCACAAGACCUAGCAAUGGACAGAUAAAUGGAAUGAGAUCUUUUCAAGGCCACAGACCUGUGUUUCAUCCACCAGGUCUUGGAAGACCACCAAUUGGCUACAAGAGACAAAUAGAAGAUGAUGAUGAUGAUGAAUAUGACUCUGAAAUGGAUGAUUUCAUUGAAGAUGAAGGGGAACCCCAAGAAGAAAUAUCAAAACAUAUUCGGGAGAUAUUUGGCUAUGAUCGGAAAAGAUACAAAGAUGAAAGUGACUAUGCCUUACGUUACAUGGAGAGCAGCUGGAGAGAGCAACAGAAAGAAGAAGCUAGGAGCUUGAGACUCGGUGUUCAGGAGGACUUAGAAGAAUUGAGACGGGAAGAGGAAGAAUUAAAACGCAAGAGACAGUCCAAGAAGCUGAGGACACGUUAACUGACUUAAUGUGUUGACUUUGUUCAUGUUUCUGCUACCCUCUGCCUCCAUACAUCUCUUAUUCUACUUCACUUUCCAUUUGCUUGGUAGAAGACAAAAGAAUAUUUAAAGGGAUUAAAGUACUGAAAAGCAAGGCUUUAGUUUGACCUAAAUAAGAUAUUUAUUUUUAAUACUUGCCAGGGUUGGUUUUUUAUGAAGAAAUUAAUGCACUAAUGCAUAUUAGCUGGAAUAAAAUUAAUAGAUAUUUCCAUUGAUUAAACCGGUUCAAGAUGCCAGCAGAAAUAUUGACUAGCUAUGCACUGACUUGGAACUGAGUGGGCCCAUGUACCAGUAAACCAGUUUUGCAUUCACUUGAAGGAAAGGAAUAGUGUUCUUGUUCCUAAUAUUUCUUGAGACUUAGAGAAAUUGCUUUAUAACCCAUGCUGUGUCCCAGCUUGAGCCUCAAAGUAUUGAAAUGUCAUCAUGUACAGAAGCAGCUUGGAUGUAAAUUCAGCCAUUGCCACGGAUGUUCAAAGCAAUAAAGUGCUGGAUAUUUUCUCAUUUGAGGACUCAAAAAUAAUCUGAAUCUCCACCACUCUGACUUUUAAACACAAAAGUGUCAUUUGCAAACUGUACAGUUACAGAUAUGGCCAAAAGGUGAUGUUGAUUUCCUAGUCUGGAAUUCCAAUGCCAAUCUAAUUCAGUAUGAUAUAUACACAUCCUGAAAGCAGGAAUUUUGAGUGUUUGUCUGUUACUUGUGCUUUUGGGCUCAAGUGUAUGCCUGGGAUUUCUUUUCCUGCCCUGUAGAUCUUCAUAUUUGUUUAACAGCUUCUGCUGCUUUUACAAAUUGUGUAUGGUGCAGAUGUUUUUUCUUGCAUUAAAUAUCCGAUGUGUUAAAUGAUUUAAAAUGUGAAGCAGUAAUUUAUCUAAUUCAGUUUACUGUUUAGAAAGCACAUCAGAAUUAAGUUUUGUUAGAAUGUAUUUGCAGCUCUUCAAUAUUAACAACUUCAUGAUAAGUUAAUUCUUGUGAUUAAUUUCUUCAAGCCAAAAAUCUAAAAUCUUGGGUAUAGCAGGAGAGUUAGUUCAGUUACUUAAUGCCCAUAUUUGCACAUUAUUUAUAACUAUGCACUUAAAGACUGUUUCUUUCAGUAACUGAAUUUGUUUACAAUUAGCACAGGGCUCAUGUAAGUUUAGAGGAGUUGUACUGAGGCUCAUAUCUGAUGUUGCAUGUACUUUGAUUUCUCCAGGUUGCCCUUCAAAGCUCACCAGUGUCACUACUCAAGCUUUGCCCCAUGCUCCAGGACUCUAGUGAUAGUAUCGCUGGCUUCAGCUGCCAAGGCUGUUAUGGUUUUUUUUUGCUAGAAGUACUUGGAAAAGUAAAAGAAAGACUUUGAGUAUUUGUUGGGGGGGGAAAGAAAAAAUUAUGUUGUAGAAAAGUAACAAAGGAACAUUUCCUGUCAGAGGACAAUUCUUAAUGGUGCUGCUUCUAGGAAGCAGCUCAUAUAAAGAACCCGUAAGGAGUGGUCAUGGAAGCUGCUGAAGUUUAAACAUCUGACUUAAUGUAAGAAAAAACAGAUUUGCCUUUCUAAGAUGUUUUCUGUCACUGGUGCAGCAUUUCACUGCCACACAAUAACACUGACGUAAGUAAGCUAUUGGGAUAGAUUCUAUGAACUAAUUCAGUAUUAGCUGACAGGGAGCCCAGGUGAAGAUACUAUUGUUGUUCCUCUGUAUUUUUAACUUUCUAUAUUAACUAACAAAACCUGUUUCUCAGCAUUUGCACUUGAGAUCAUGCAAGGUAGUGUAACCUCACUGCUUGUCUAGAAUUGUGUUGUAUUUGCUCUGCUUCAUUGGGACCAUCUAAAAUUUUCUAUUGUAGUUCCUAGAGUUAUCCAUUUGAGACAAUGAACACUGGGACCAUGGUCAAGUUGCUGGGUUUUUUACUUUUUAGCUGGAGAAAGGCUCUGGGUCUGUCAACCCAGACAGCUGUAUCAGCUGUGAACCACUUCCUGCCUGGUUGAUUUGAAAAAAGUCUCUUAUGAAGCAAAAGAAAUACAUUGAUUUAAAAUUGGUUCAGUUAGGAAUGAAGUCUGCAUUUCAGAUAAAUAUAGGUUUAAUAAAACCUGAUUAUUUCACCACUUUCUGAUUAUUUAACCAUGCAAGAUCUGUUAAAUUUCUUAAUCUGUAAAGCACUUUGUCAUUUAUCUCUUUAGACGGUGACUGGAAUGUACUCUGCGAGCCUCCCUAAGACACUGUUUCAAUUUUGGCUAUUUCAAUUGAAAAAUGAUAUAAGGAUGUGUUUGUAAUUUUACACUCAAGAAGUACUUUCUCACAAUUGGCAUGGGAUGCUAAUGGUUUUCAAAUUUUGUACAAAUGUUUGGAUUUUUAAUGUUUUGCAUUUGCUAUGUAUUUGUAAAUUGGCUAGGAAGAACGUAAAUUUGUUAGACGCCUGACCUUGUAUCCAUAAAACAUGCCUGCUGCUUGCCAGAUAAAUAGUAUUAAUCUAAUGAGAGUACUUCAGUACUUGCCCAAAGUGCAUCAGAAUUUGAGGUCGAGAAAAGCUGGAAGAAUACUUAUAUUGGUUUGAGGAUCAGAUGUGACACUAAAGAUUUAAUUGUAUUUCAUGAAAUUCUGGUUUGAUUUUUAAACUUUUAAUUCACUGUUUGAAAAUGUGCCUUUUUAAAUUGUGUCAAAAAAAAAAAGAAUGUAGGAGUAUAAAAAGAUUGGUUGGUUUCUGCUAUCUCAGAUUCCAUAUUCUUAAACAUGAUAGUGUGAAAUGAUGUACUUUUCUUAAAACCCUUCCAGGUCUGGCUUUGAUUGCACAAUUACAGUAGCUACUUCUUUAUUGCUAAUGCUAAAUCAAAUGAAGGGCACUUUCUAUCAAUGACUACUUUUUGAAAAUGUCUUGUAUUUACACUUGAGCUGUAUUUCUCUUUACAGCGAUGUCUUUUGGAGGCCAGGGUUUCGCAUAUCACAGGAAGCCUUAGUGUGCAACUCUGUGCUGUGCUUUAAAAUAAAAAUCUUUCAAGAAGUAUAUGAUAUCUCUAUGGAAAUCUGGAUUUAUUUUUGUGUAAAGCCCAAAAUAUUGUCCAGGAAAACUAAUUUUCUAUUUUUUUUUUGCAUUUUGUAACAUUAAUCUAGUAGCUGAUGCAUAUUUCUAGAUAAUAGCAUAUUUCUGGAGACCAAAACAUGUCAGAAAAUAAAUAUAUGGAGAGACUGGUGUUUAAA